AUGUCUGACGAGUGUGACAAGACUGGCCCCCUAUGGGGCGACCUAGCUGUUGAACAGUACUUUCUUACAAACUGGGACCACUCUUCCGCUGAAACUCCAGACCAGCAGCGGAAAAGACUUGUGGCUGAAUUUCUAGACCUAAAGCUUAUCCCCGCUGAGUGGAUGACAAACUGUGAAGGGGAUCCCUUACUUAUUCCACCGCGGGAGCCCAGUAUAGAAGAAAUUAAGACGAUCCUUCGACCUUAUCGUUGUGAGAAACUCCGGUGGCACGCCGAUAAUAUCUACACCGGUGAACUAUGUCCUAUGCUUCUACGCACGCACUAUAGCAACGACGAGGACGAGAAGAAAAGAUACGACGAGAUGAUGGAGAAAUGGACAAACGGAGAGAUAUUUGGCGACGAGGCUUGGUGGGCCGUUCUCGACGAUGCGGAUAUAUUCAAUUUUGGGUCUAACUGGCGCCGCAUCUAUGACAUUUUACCUGAGGUCUCUUACCCUAUUGAAUUUAGGUGUAUUAUAAAGGACGAUCAUCAGUAUUUUGCACGGUACAUCGAACUAUAUGAAUAUAGUGAGAUGCGUCCGUUUUUCAAAAGAGAUCUUGCGGCUCGGAAGGAAAGCGAUCCUCAAGCGUGGCGCGACGACCGGGAUUCAGUGAUCGAGUCGGUGGGCAUGACGAUGCAGAGCAGCGCUACAACCACAUAUAUCUUCAUCGCGGAUAAAGAAGCUUUUGAAAGCGGGCGUCCACGAGUGAUUUAUCUCGACGGACUUCGACGAAUUGUUCGCGAGGGUCGCAUAGACCCUGAAAGGGAUGAUUUCGGCAGUAUCAUUAGUUUACGGAUGACGACGUAUGAAUUGCUGGAGUAUACGACGCUUGAUGAGAAGUAUCGAGUCAAUGGGGAGAUCGGGAAGGAAUUAUAUCAAUUGACUGAAGAGGAUCUCGCAGACCCAUAA